CUACUCGCGACUCUUUCUCUCAUCGUUAUAAGACCGCCGUACAGGACAGCACCCUCGACCCGCACAGUCCGCAGGCUCUCUCCAACCGCAACUCGUCAGCACAAUCGUCCAUUGGAUCUUCAGUUUUCGACAGCGUCGUCAGAAUCGAAAAUAACUGAACGCACCUACACGGCUGUACCCAGAAUGGCCCCGCUGAGUCCGGAUUUGUUUCCAUCAUGCGUCGAGGCCGAGUGGCCGUCGCUCGAGAGCAUGCCGACAGAAGUUAUCUGGAACGUCAUCGAAGAAGGGCAGUUCUCGGUUCACGAUCUCUACAGUGUUUCCUUGCAGUGUCGAAAGCUGAGGUAUGCUGCGGAGCGCUGUCUCUACUCAUCCUUCGAAUGCACCGCCAAAGACACUCGCGAUGACGUCGUACUGCCGUUAUUCUUGCGGACUAUCACUACACGGCCUGAACUAGCUCAGAAAGUCGAACGGGUUCUACUUCGCUUGUCACCGCACUUGCGGCCGAGAGAGCGGAAGCCUUCGAAUGCGCUUCCAUAUGUGAUCAAUCAUGUUUAUGGCGCGCUUCGGACUCCCCGGCCUGAAUGUCAUGUGCAACCAGCCAAGAAAGAAGUCGAUAGGGACGGUCUCCUAUCCGAGUUCCAAAUCGCAGUUGACAUAGGCAAUGUCGACGCGGCUGCUGCCAUGAUUAUGAUGCAUCUCCCAAACCUUAAGUCUCUCAAAAUCGAGUUCCAUGAUCCCUUAGAGGCUUGGUUCACCCUGAUGCAACACGUCAGCAAGCUUCUCACACACGGACAAGGCUGGCAAUUUAAAACCACACCUUCGCUUACGAGCCUCACGCUUCACGCACCCCCCCAUUUUGGCAACGUAUACGAUAUCCAUGGGAUUGCCAUUUUUGGUAUUGAGACAUUACGGAAAGUCGAAUUGCAGAAUAUAAAUUUCCAUGGACCAUGGGUUCCUCGCUGUUCUCCCGUCACUGACGUCACAUUUCUCGACUUUCCCGUCUCAACGGGCCCCAGUUUAGCGACAAUUCGCGUUGGAAGGGCUUCCUCAGCAUCUUCUCCGAGCUGCAGCAUCUCCGGAUCGAGUGGAAAAAGCAAUACGCUAGGUGGAUUGAAAACGAGCCCCCGCCCGGGUGGAUCAACAUCGUACACGAUGAUCUGCCUCUCUUCUUCAAUAUCAAAGACCUUGCUGAGCAAGCCGACUUUCUCGAGACCCUGCACCUCCACACCAGGGGCCGUCCAUUGGCCCUAUGUGACCUCAGGAGGAAACGAGCGAUCGCUCACCUAG